ACGUGCGGACAUUGUGUGCUCUUGCGGGAACCUUUUUACUGCAUGAUAAAUCAAGCAGAUUCGGCGCUAAGCAUGGAGAUGACUAACAUUUGUGCCGGUAGUAGAGGAGAUUAACUUUAUUUGCCGUUCUGUUUAGUUAGUAAAAGGUUUUGGUUAAGGCCACGUUCAUUUUUGGUUUGCAGGGGCUCCGUUUUAGCCCAAGCCCAUGUCCAUUUUGUCUUGUGACUGAUAUCAUAGCUAACUCUGAAGCUAAUUUUUUAGCUACCAAGUUGUCAUACUAGGGGAACUAGCUAGUUUCUUGAUGUGGUUAGUAAUGUUGAAGUUUGUAAAGAACGAAUUUGAUAUCCUGGUGACUGUAUAGCUGCUAAACACUGUAUCUGAACCAGACCAGCUAGUCAGCUUUGGCUGGCAGGGAGCUUUACCUCAGUAAUAGCUAACUAUUUAGCUAGCAUGGAAGUACACGGGCUCGCUACUUCCGUCGUAGUUGUUUUGUAGAUAUACUAGCGGGCUAGUAUAGAAGCAAAAGCUCCUCAACAUUUAUUUGAUUGCUUAGGUUAUUAAGCUUCGGAUUGGUUAAUUUCCUAAACUAACUACCAAUUUCCUAAGCUAAUAAUAGAUGGCUGUGUAGUUGAUGGAAGUACCAUGGACUUUGUAAAUUCAGUAACAAGAAGUGUGUCUUUUAAGUUUACGUGAAUUUGCUCCACAGUCCCCCUGGAUGAUGCUCUUUUGAGGCUUUGUUAAUUCCUCCAGCUUCAUCUCGAAUAUAAUACCAUUUUGUAAGAGAGAACCACGAAACUCCAUCACAACUAUCACGAUGACUCCGUUGAAGUGGAUGUUGAAGCUCUACAUAUACACAGCGUGUGGAGAAUUGCAACCCUUCCACUGAUGUGCUCUGGAUGAAGUUCAGUGACUACUGUGCUCAUUUGAGUACUUCCUGACUGAAGAUGCAACACAAUGGCUCAUGGACAGAAUUUGAAGACUGUCUGAUUGGAGGGUGUUGAGCAAGUCAAAGGAGCAAUUUGGACAUGGAUCAGUUUACUAAAGACGAUGACCUUUCAAGUAUGAUGGAUUCUGUAGAAAUUCCCACAUCAGAAUUGAACUGUGUGAAUUUGGUGGCAAAUUCUAUGCGAGACGCAAAUCCUGAAACAAGGCAUGAUGGAGAAAAUGGUGUUUUUUCUGUGAGAGAUCAGUCAAGGUACAUUACGCCAGAACAAAUGGCUCUUUCAAAAAAUUAUCCUGCACCUGAUAAACCUUUGUAUGGGACAGCACUAGAGUCUGCAUCAUUGACUGUGACUAAUCUGGAGGAUUACUCGGAUGUUAGCAGCUGUUCUGAAGCAGAUUUCGGACACAUUUUGAACAGCUUGGAAAAAAACCCUGACCAGUCUUCUGAGUGUCAGGAUACAGGGAGCUCUAGGGAUAAAAACGAAUUGGAAAAAGAUUUUUGUCAAGCUGGAAGACAUGAUGCGUGGGCAGCAAGUGACACAGUCACAGGAAAACAAGAUGUCUGUAGAGCCUCUCCUGAGACAGAGGGUGAAGUACCAAGUGGCAGUUUUGAUAUUGUGAUGGAUUGUGAUAGUCAGGGAGAAAGGUUCUUAGAUCUUGAAUAUCAGUGCUCACAUCCAAGUACCACAGAAGAUGAAAAUGGAAGUGCUUUGAAAACUGAGGAACAGAUGAAAGGAAGACUUCUUAUCCAGAACACAGACUGUGGUGUUACUGAAAGGAGCCAGAUUUGCAAAGACGCAACUACUCCGAUAAGUCCUGUUUGUGCCUCGGAUUUAAAUGUCACAAAGCAGAAUAUAGAAAAUGAGAAGAAUGCUAUUUGUACUGGAAGCAUACAUGUACAAAAUGAUUACCAAUUAAAAGGGAUCAGUAACAUUUGUGAGAUCAAAAAUAAUACUCCAGAAUGUGAAUUAAAGCAUAAUGUUAACACUGCUCAUGAUAAUGAGCCAGAGUAUGACCAGACAAAGAGCAGUCAAGAGGUUGAACGCAGCAGUUUUGAAUUUUUACAGUCAUGUCUUGGUUUGAGCAGUUUGGACCAUACAAAAUUGGAUCAAAAUGCUGCAGAUAUUUCGUUGCCGGAGAGUAUGACUCGGCUCUCCCAGAAUUGUGAGGUUAAUCAUCCACAAUCCCCGGUUCUUGUAAGAUCUGCACUUGAAUCUGUACCCAGAGGUCAGAUAAAAGUGACAGCAGAAGAUUGCCUGCAGGAACCCCCUAUACCAGGUACUGACCGUAGUACUUUUGUGUCUCUGGAACCGGGACAGGAAAAUGACGCUAUGGAAGACCAGAGCAUUGGGAGCUUAGCAAGAACUGAAAUUACAUAUGACACUGGAAUUAAAAACAUGGCUUCCUUAUUGUCAUCCAAGAAGUUGAUGAGAAAACUCCAGCCUGUAGUCCUUAUGAAGAGAACCAAGUGUAUUGCUAAAGAUGGAAACAUGUACGUUUGUUCUGUGUGCCAGAAGAACACGCAGAAUUUAGAUGAACUUAUUGAACACCACCAUUGCAAACAUUCAAAGCAUACAUUUCAGUAUUGCCUUACCUGUGGUGCCUAUUUUUCUAAUGGAGCAAUGGCAGCACAACAUUUGUGUGAGCAAAUCGGGCCAAAAGAUGUGCAGCAGUCUGAUACAAUACUGUCAACUACUAAGCAACUGACUGACAAGUUUAAGGUAACAUACCUAUGUAUGUACUGCCAAAAACCAUUUGUUAAAAUGUCUUACCAUCAAGACCAUGAGCAAAGACACAGAACUGUGACACAGCAUAGGUGUAAUUGUUGUGGCUUAUACUUUCCUCAUGCAAAAAAACUUAACGCUCACAAACGAAAAGUCAGAUGCAAUCCUUUGAUACUGGACCCCAGUGAACCAAGGAAAAAAUGUUCAGAAAUGGACCAAAAAAAUCCAGCUAAACCAGCCUUUACAGUUGGAGUUGAUGGUUGCCAGCUUGGGCUUCAUGAUUGUUUUGUAAAACUUGUAGACAUAAACAAGAAACAGUGGUCUCCACAAAAAAUUAAUUGCCCUGUUUGUGGGAAAAGUUUCAAACUUAGAGCACAACUGAAAGGACACCUUAGAUGGCACACAGGUACAAAGCCUUUUAAAUGCAGCAAGUGUCAGAAGGUUUUUAAAUAUUCCUGGAAUCUUGACAAACACAGAAAGGAGCCGUGUUCUGGAAACGUCACAAAGCAACACAUUUCUAAACCAUCUAUUACAGGUAGAAUUUUUGGUAGAUUUGUAUGCCCCACCUGUCCACAGAUUUUUAGGUACUCCUACAACCGAACUCGACACAUGCGACAGCGAUGUUUGAAAGAAUAUAUGCAAAUGGCGAAAGGAAAAGUGGGAAACAGAUAUAAAUGUCCCUUAUGCACUGAAACAUUUUCCCUGGCUUCUAAUCGGAAUAGACAUAUUAAAAAAACUUGCUUUCAGCAAUAUAAAUUACUGAGGAACGCGGACAAAAAGAAACUGGCCGAGGAAAAUGCCGAAGAAGAAAACUAUGAAAAGCAAGUGCUGCCCACAGAGAAUUUGGCAUGCUAUAAAUGCAAGGUAUGUGCAGCUUCAUUUGCGCAUAAAUCUGGAGUCUAUAGACACAUGAAAAAGCACUCAUUGCUUCAGCAUUCUAUAGUACCAGUGGACAAAAAUGACAGCCUCCCUGAUGUGAAAGGCUCGGACUCCAAUAACGAGAGACCUCAAAGUCAAGAGUGUUCAAGCCAAAUGCCUUCUGAUGCGGUCACUAGUCAAUCUUUCCUUUGCAAUUUCUGUGAUAAAUGCUUCAAUUCAAGUGACUCCUUGAAGACUCAUUUGCAGCUACAUGGGGGAAAGAAACCCUUCCACUGCUUGGACUGUGGUAAAAACUUUGGAAGGCGUGGACACUUAAUAACUCACAAAAAUGUUCACAAGCGAAGGAUACAGUGUUCUGUCUGUAAGAAAAUUGUGCCCACUAUUGGAGAUUUGUUGAAACAUAGACAAUCCCACAUAAAAAAGGGCAUGCUUCAGUGCCCUGAUUGUCCAAUGCAAUUCAAGUUUCCUGUAUUCUUGCUCCGACAUGUUGCAAGUCAUGCAAAGAAAGAAGCCAUACUGAAGUCAUCUCUGCCUGCUGAAACGUUCUCCAAAAACUCUGCAGAUGAAAAAGUAAAAGAAUUCAAAGAAUCCUUUUGUUGUGAAGUAUGCCAAAAAGAAUUUGUUGAUUCCAAAACACUGAGUGAGCACUGUUUAACUCACAUUCCAAAACCUUCUGUUUCCAAAUGUCCAUUUUGUAAGAAUAACUUCACAAGCCGAACUGCACUGAUUCGGCAUAUCCGUCUGCACACUGGUGAAAAACCUUUUCCCUGCAAGACCUGUGGAAUACAUUUUCACCGGAAGGAACCCCUCAGAUUUCAUGAAGAGAAAUGCAAGGGAUUGCCAGAAAAAAACCUCUCUCAAUCAACCGCAGCACAAACGCAUGAGAAAUGUGAAAUAAAAGCAGCAUCUAAGUCAGAAAAAGUUCAAAAAAAAUUUGCAUGUUCAUACUGCCCACACAUAUUUAACAUGUCAGGUAAUUUGAAAAUGCAUGAAAGAGCUCACUUGGCUAACAGCCUUGUGCCAUGUUUAAAGUGUGGGAAAUAUUACAAAAAGAACAAGAUCUGUGGACAUCGUAAACGCUGCAGCAUCAAAGAAUCCACUGCUGGAGAGACGCUCAAAAGUGAAAAAUCUGGAAAUGCACAAAGAAGUGAAUGCAAAAGUACCAAUUUAGUUGUUGGAAACAGAACGUGCAGAGUAUCAAAAGAAAUGGGGACACGUAUCAAGGCCAAUUUUAAGUUGCAAUGCCCGCAUUGCCCUAAAGGUUUCCAGUACAAAUCUUACUUACUAAGACAUCUUAAUUCUCAUUUGGGAAAAAAAGAGUUGGCAUUUAAGAAUGUUGGUCAGAAAUCUGACAAUCAGAGCAUCUGUCAACAGCACGAGGCCUUAUGUGAUGGUGUGUUGAAGCAGUCUGAAGCAAAGCAACUGAAUGAAUCUGAAGAAACCAAGAUCAUGCCAGAUUGUGCUGCCAGUUUAAAAGAAUGCACAGUAAUCAUAGGAGAAAAUGGUGAGCAGUUGAAGUGCAAUUUUUGCACAAAAACCUUUACAAAACCUAGAUAUCUCAGAAGGCACAUUCUUACUCACACAGAAGUCAAGCCAUAUCGUUGUAAAACAUGUGAAAAUUGUUUUUCUCGAUACGAUCAUCUGAAACAUCAUCAGACACGAUGUAGAGGCAAAAAGCAACAACUUGAGGUGCAUCUCGAACAGGUUGCUUUUGACCAUGUUGGCUCUCAAGCAAAGCAACAGCCACAUUGUGAGGUGUUUGAAUGCAGUAGUUGUUCAAAGACCUUUUCUACACACAGCAACUUAACAAGGCACACUUCCAUGCUACAUUCUACUUUCAAACCAUUUUCCUGUAAAAACUGUGGUACUGGGUUUACCUCUAAGGACAGUCUGAGGAGACACGGCAUCAGGGUGAACUGCAGGAUGACCUCAGCAGAGUGCUUGGAACCAGAGCAAUUACCAACCAAGUUGAAUACUACUUCAGUGCAGUCUUGCAGAGAAACCUCUAAACUCAUGCAACGUAUAGAGGGGCACUACUCCAAUAAAUGGAAGUACCAGUGUGAGUAUUGUCCUCGCCGCUUUAAAACCUUAACACAAUUAAAAUUGCAUACUCGUCUUCAUACAGGGGAAAAGCCAUUUGGAUGUGCAAGUUGUGAUGAGCGUUUCAUCAGAAAAGACUAUUUAAAACGGCACUUGUCUAAAUGCAAUGGGAAAAGAGAAGGUCCUGAAGUGCUGUGUGAGAGAUGUGGUGGUUUGUUUACUCAGGAGGCUCUUGAAAUGCAUCUAAACAAAUGUAUCAUCAGCUUAAAGUCCACUGACUGCCCUGUAAGUGUAAACAGUAUUUCCAGCCCUUCAAAGGUCAAGGUGUUUUCGUGUGUCAACUGUAAUGACCAUUUUUUGUUGUUCUCCCAGCUUCAGCAGCAUAUUUUAACACAACACAGCUCUGAUGGUCUACAGCAGUCAGAUGUCCUUGAGUAUGAGCAGUUAUCUAGUAAUUUGCACAUUAAGGAGGAACCAAUAGAUGACGAUACUGAGAACUUGCAAAGCAGCCAUCAAAUAUAUGCCAGCAAUGUGCAUGAUAAUACUGAUGGUGAAAGGGAGAAACCAUUUGAGUGUGAGCAGUGCAACAUGAGGUUUAUAACUAAUGGUGGACUAGGUAUGCAUAUGCGUACCCAUACAACAAUAUACCCUCUUUCUUGUCAAAAAUGUAACAAGGGCUUUUGGAGCAAUAAUGUACAACAGAAGCACAUGAGAAAGUGUAAGGGUUUGGAAACUACAAAAAAAGAAAACACACAAGAUGCAGUUUCAUCAGAAUUGGAGGGUACACUCAAUGAUAAAGUCCUAGUCUUUAAUAAAGGCUCCAACACAACAGGAACUGGUGUACUCCAGACACAGUUUUCAUGUAAAGACCAGGAUAAAGGAAAUGCUGACAAAGGAGAUGCAGUUGUUCACAAAUAUCAGUGCUCCGAAUGCGAGCAAAGUUUUACAGAUGGGCUUGUGCUCAUAAGUCAUCUUGAGGCUCAUGGCCGUGAAGACCAAGAGCGUAGGUUAGGCAAAAGCCACCGCUGUCAGAUUUGUGGCAAGACCUUUGAUCAAGCAGGCAUGCUGCAAAGACAUGUGAAGCUCCAGCAUCAAGAAACGGUUAAGAAUACCUGCCCUGAAUGCUUUAGAAGCUUUCGCUAUCCCUCUGACUUGGACAUACACAGAUCUUGUCAUGACCCUAAUCGGCCAUUUGUUUGUAGCACAUGCAAGUUGAGGUUUUGGACUUCUAAAUCCUUGAGUACUCACCAAAGGCAUUCUCACUCUAAUGACCCACUCAAAACAAUCGAGCCUGCUCUGAAAACUGAUGAGAUGUCUCCUACAGUAUUUACUUGCCAUCCCUGUAAUAAAAUUUACACCAUCAGAAGGUCGUAUAUGAAACACUGCAGGAUUAAACAUAAAGGGCGUUCAAAAAGCAUUGAUGACCUUAAAAGUGCUACCACCGAACAUCAGUUGAGCAACCAUGAAUCGGAUGGAAGUGAUGCAGAUGAAAAAGAUGUUAGUAGUGAUGACACUGACUCUGCUCCUUAUUUUCCCUGUCAUGUCUGUGGUAAAACAUUCCUGACCUCAGAAAGUCUUGAGGAUCAUCAGAGAUGCCAUCUUGGUGAAAAGCCCUAUGAAUGUGAAGAAUGUGGCAAAUGCUUUGUUCAGCUUGUAAAUUUGCAGCAGCAUCAGCGCAGUCACAAAUCUGAAUUUCAGUGUCAAAUGUGUGGUAAAGGUUUUGUUUCACUCUUUGCAUUGCGCAAACAUAAGCACACUCAUGUUAGAAAACAUCCCCAUCGAUGCACAAAAUGUCCUUUAAGUUUCACACGAUCUUCACAACUGACAGAACAUAUGAUCACUCAUCGUGAUGAAAAUUUUCCCUGUGAUCUUUGCCACAAAAACUUUUCCUGCAAAUCAAGCCGAGCAGAGCACCGGAAAAUCCACACGGAGACCGAAGAGGAGCUCCCUCCUUUAAUUCCACCAGCAAAGCAGACUUCAUCUCCACCAGUGUCUGUCAGCCACUCGUUAAGUUCUGUUCAGCAAUACAGAUAUCGCUGUGAAAUUUGCCAGGUGCGAUUUCAAGAUCCUGAGCAGCUCUCAGAGCAUGGCUGUAAUCCAGCAAAAGAGCGCCCAUAUUCGUGUAAAGAUUGUAACAAACAUUUCUUGCAUGGUUCUCACCUUAAAAAACAUCAGCUUACUCAUCAGUUAUCUGGAACACGGUCCUUUCAGUGUAAUAGUUGUCACAUGAGCUUUAGCCACCGCCAUCACUUCCUGACCCAUUUGCAAACACAUGGUGGUGAAGAAUCUUCUAAAUCUCAAGUCGACGAUGAAGUUAAGAUAUCAAAUGCUGAUGAUUCAAAUCAGGACAAAAUCUACAGAUGCCCAAUUUGUCCCGAGAGUUUCUCUCAAGUGUUGGAACUGGCAAAUCACCUUUCUGUUCAUGCAAACAUGUGCAAUGUUUGUAACAAGACAUUCUCAACUAAACAACAACUUGAGAAACAUGAACAGUGCCAUUUGUCUGCAGCUACACAGUAUGAGUGUACAGAAUGUGGAAAGAGCUUCCUUGGAAGCGAUGCCUUUCGCCAACAUUAUUGUGUUCACCAAAAACAUUUGUCAACCACUGAUAAGAGAUCUUUAGAAAAUUCUUCUGAAGUACUCACUAAAAAUAAUGAGGAGGAGGAGGAGGUUGAUGUUGGAGAAGACUUUUAUAAUUGUCCUACCUGUAACAAACGAUUUGCUUCCAACAUCAGUUUACAGGAGCACCAAAAGUUGCAUGAAUUUGACCGUCCUUUCAAGUGUCUGGUUUGUGGAAAAGGCUUUGCCAAAAAGAAGUAUCUUACACAGCAUCAGCAAAUACACAGUGAGCGGCCCUAUCAAUGUGAUUUGUGCUCCAAUUCCUUCAAAACAGAACAGUCACUUUUGUCCCACCAUAAAUCCCAUGAUGCACAGCGUAAAUAUCACUGCUCAGUUUGUGAGAAAUCAUAUAGAUCACCAUAUGAUCUUUCAAGGCAUGAACAGAAACAUCCUGAAUUGCAAGCCUUUAGUGAAAUAAGUGGUGACCACAGAUGUGAUAUGUGCUAUAAAUCUUUCAGCCUGCUUUCUCAGCUGCAACAACACCAGGAAACUCACGUUGGACAAGUUGUCUAUGAGUGCACGGAGUGUGAUAAAGCAUUUGCUUUUCUUCAUCUUUUAGAAGAACAUCAGCAAACUCAUGGGACUUCAACAGAUUCUUUCCAGUCCCAGUCACCAUCUGACAUUCUCUUUCAAAGCCCAGUUAUUGAGUAGAGUGUACUGUAGAGUAUUUCCUGCAAUGCAGGUGAUUCUUAGUCAUUCAGUUUUCUGAACACAUUUAAACUGUAUAGUUUCUUGACUCGUUGUGGGUUCAUGCUUUUCCAUGUUAAGUCAUAUGCUUGUUUUACUAGGUUUCUCAUUUCAGUACUCCAUGUACAUAAGCAGAUUGUUUUUACUACUGCAGUUCAGAGAAUUACUUACUGAAUUUCUAGUGUUUAUAGAAACCUCCAAAUAAAUGUAAAUUAUUGCUGUAAAAUUAAGAAACUGAUUGGGAAAAUUUGCAUGCUAAGAAUAACUGAUGGGAAUUGCUGUAUACAUAUUACAUCACUACCAAAUAUUAUCAAUGGGGUUUAUAAAACAGAUUUAACUAUCCAUCCAUAAACUGUUACUUUUUUGUAUUUAUUCAAAACGGUCUUUUAUUAUUAGAUAGGUUUUCAGUUAACUUUUUUUUAAUUUGCAGACCUGAGUUGUUUAAUUCAUUUUAUAGUACUUGUGUCAUGUCCUGAUGACUGGUUUUACACAUCUAAUACCCAUGGUUAAAAAAAAAACAAAUUGACAUUAAAUUGAUAGGAUUGUUAGAAUUGUGUAUAUGCCUUUGUAUGUUCAGAUGUGAUUCUUAGUCUUGACUUUUUUUUUAGGAAUAUUUUAGUUUUGUUGGUUAAUGAUUGAUUACUUUCAUUUGCUUAAUGGGUGAUUAAGCGCGCCUACUAAGCACUUCAUGUUACUCAACAUGGUAAGUGACAUUUGUUUGUAUAUAUCUCAAUGUAUUCAUAUGUAACUUUUUUAACAUUUUUAAGACAGUUAUGGUGUUCGAUUUUCAGACAUUGACAAUAAAGUCAUUUGAAUAUA